AUGGUGAUGUGGCUGUGCGUGCUGGUGGCAUCAGUGGUGGUCAGCCUUAUUUACCUGCUUCUGAUGCAGGCGUUUGCGGGCAACCUGCUUGUAAUCUCGUUCUGGUUCUCGGUCGUGGUGACGAUUGGCACCGGAGUGUACUAUCUGGCAGCGCGGAUCUGGUUCGCGGGCGCCAUCAUGGUGAUUUUCGGGGUGUUCUAUGCGCUGAUGUGGUUCUCGUGGCGGAAGCGCAUCCCGUUCUCGAAGCUGGUGCUGGAGACAGUCUGCCAUGUGUCGCGAAAGUUCCCAUCUACGAUCGUCACCAGCAUCGUGUUCCUGUUUAUCCAGGCCCUGUACAGCGCGCUGUGGGCGCUGGCGUUCAUGGGCAGCUUCAAGCACAUGGACCAGUACAAGUCGUGCACGACGCACACGGACCGCAAUGGGCGCGCCUACCAGUCAUGCUCGAACGUGAAGCAGAUUCUGUCGUGGGUGUUUAUGGUGUUCUCAUUCUACUGGACCACUGGCGUGAUCAUCAACGUCCUGCACACCACGCUGUGCGGGAUCUACGCGACCUAUUAUUUCUUCGAAGGCGCACCCGCAGGCUACCCGACACGCACGCCGGCACUCUCGUCGCUGAAGCGCGCGACUACCAAUUCGUUCGGCAGCGUGUGCUUCGGGUCAUUGAUCAUUGCGGUGAUCCAGACCAUGCGCGCUAUACUGCGUGCGAUCCGCGACAACGCCGACAGCAACAUCGGCGUGGAGUUGCUGGCGUGCUGCCUGGACUGCAUUCUGGCGUGCAUCCAGGGCAUGGCCGAGUUUGUCAACAAGUACGCAUACGUCGAGGUGGCCAUGUACGGCAAGCCGUUUAUUCCGGCGGCGCGCGACACGUGGGAUUUGAUCAAGGACCGCGGCGUCGAGGCCCUGAUUAACGACUGUCUGAUCGGCAAUGUGCUGCAGCUGGGCGCGUUCCUGUGCGGCGCCGUGGUGGCGAUUGCGGCAUGGCUGUAUAUAACUAUCACCAAGCCGCAGUAUAACGUUACUGGAUCAUAUACGCCGCCGAUUAUCAUCUCGGCGUUCAUUAUGGCCAUGAGCAUGUUCAAGGUGCUGAUGAAGUGCAUUGAGUCAGGGACCGCCACUACGUUUGUGUGUCUGGCCGAGGACCCGCAGGUCAUGGCACGCAACAACCCACGGUUGUUUUCCAUGCUGCAGGAGUCAUAUCCGCAGGUGGUCCGGGGGGUGCACGGGAAUCACGCCUUUUGA